UUUGCUUGAAGAAAUUGGUUCUGGACUUCUCUUAUGUACCCAAAUAAUAGAUUAAAAAAUCAGAACUACAAUAUAAAUUGCACGCACACCCCCUUUUUAUGUCUAUAUUGACUGGACUAAAAAAUGUGAUAAUACUCUACCCUGGGACCAACUCUAACAGUUAGCUCAUUGAAAUGCAUUAUAACUGUGCACCAGAAUGAGCCACAGAGACUGGAACACAAUUAUUGCAUGUGUACCAGUAUGGUACACACGGUCCAUGGGAAAAACUGGCUGUGUACCAUUCUGGUACACUUGGUCGUUAAAGUGUUAAAGCUCAACUAACUCAUCAGCCAUCAUUUUCUUUAAAAUGGUUUGGGUAAUUUCUUUUGGUGUGUUUCCUCCACAUCUUGACAGUACACAGAUCUGUAAUAUAUAAAUAGCAAUUACAAAAGUUUUUUAUUAAUUUAUUGUAAUGGGACAAUUUCAUACCAUAUGAAUUGAACAUUUCAAAUCUUAUUAAAUCUUAUUACAGUAAAACCUUGUUAAUACGGCCUAAACUGGCAGCUGGUAGGCCGAAUCUAUUUUCAGGUAAAAGUAUUGAAGUUGUAAUGGUAGGAGGUAUUUAUAAUCAAUGCCCACACUUUGGACAUCAUUGUAAUGGUGGAAGGGGGGACUUUGUUAGCCCCACGUUUUGUACACGGAAAAAAAUAUAAUUGAUUUAUAGAUCUCCACUCAACUAUUUAAAUAAUCAGUUAUUGAAACCGAUGGCGAUUCAUUACAUUGAGAGUAUUCAUGUAUCUACUACUGAGCUAGAGCUGUGGUCUGAACCCAGUAUAGUGAGCCGGACGGCCUCAACUUUUUGCAAAUUUAUUUGCAAGAUAGGGAUAUUAACAGCUGCACUAGUAUAUAUCCAAUAUACUAUUUCUUGUAAGAAUGUCACCCAACAUGGAUGGCAAUAUACCAUUUCACAUAAGAAUGGCACCACAAGCUUGAGGCAUGAUGAAAAGCUUACCUACUCAACUCUACUAUCAAUGCUGAAUAAAAUGACUAAUAAAACUAAAAGCUGCAAGAAGCAUAAUCAGAAGUUGAUUCAACAAGGAUACCUUAUGAUUUAUUGCAAGUUUCUGGCUAACAUAAUUGAGUUGCUCAUCAAGUUGAAAUUUUUCAAGCUGCAUAAAUACAGACAAACUGUAUCACAUGAGUUUGAUAACAUAAUUCUCAAUAAUAGAGAAAAGUUGUAUAGAAAUUUCCUGAAAUUUAUUGCAAAAUUUUUGAUCUUGAUUUUUAAAUCUAAAUAUUGUAUGCUGACCAGGGUUAUAGGCUAUUUUUAAUAUGAGAUUAUUAUUGAUGUUGAGGAAGAUAAGACCUACAUGGAAUCUUAAGAGCUAUAUUAAUAAAAAUUUUCUCCAAGUUUGCUGCCAUACCUGAGUCACAUUGAUGGUCUAUGUAUCUGUAUUUUAUGUACAUGACACUUGAAAUUCUUAACACCACACAAUUUUAUCUGAAAUAGGCACUGUCAAUACGUUCAUUUUAAUAUUCCUGAAAUUUAGUAAUACACUUGGCGACUUAUUCGAAGUAUCCCACAUAAUAUCGUCACCAUGAACCAGUCUCCAGCCAAUUCACAAAUUUCCUACUUUGGUGACCAUCCCCAAAACCCUACAAGCAUGACACCAGCUGAUCAACAACCCCAGGACAAUACAGCGGAGACCCCACGGGAGAGAAGGAGGCAGCGUAUGCUCCGUCAAUUUCAACCCACAAAACCUGGCCCAAUUGUCCUCCACUGGGAUUUAUAAUGCCGUCGAUGCCAUGAAUACCGAUGAGAGUCCAGCUGGGGGAGAUGAAGGAGUUAGGGCGUCCAACCCGUUACCGACGUCUCCGCAGACCGCUCCAAGCACCGCCAAGGGAACAGGGAAUUCCGUCACCCAAUUGCCGCCCGAUAUGGCCAGCCAACCGUCAUCCGCCACCACCAACCUGGAAAAGCGCAAUAUUACAUUAGACUCUUCAGUCGGUUAUGUUACCAAUUAUAUGAUGAACGAUUCCUCGAGCGAAUUUAAACUCAUGCUCAACCAAGCCAUGGCGGAGUUGAUGAAAGAGAUGAAAGCAAGCCAGGAUAAAGAGGCAGAAAAUACCAAAACCAUCCAAAAGGAUGUCAAAGCUGUACAAGGAAGUGUGGAAAAAAUGGAAGAGAAGGUUGAGGGAAAAUUCUCUGAAUUCAAGGAGGAAAUGAAAAAUAUGAUAGACAUUAAAAUAGGUAUGCAAUCAACAGUUAUAAAAGAAUUAGAAACCCAUAUAGAUGAAGUCACCUGUCAAGUAAAUGAGCGGUUGGAUGAGGUACUUCUGAGUAAAUCAAACUUCUGAGAUAUAAGCGUUCAAAGUUUUUUUGUGUGAACUUUUUAUUCAAUCAUCAGAUUCUUUUGGUUUUUGGAUUAGUAAUAUAUAUUAUUCAUAAAAUUCCUCCAGUAAAUUUUUUUUCCAGAUUAUUUCAAUAUUUUAUAAGAUAUUUCAAAUAAAUUGUAUUAACACCUUCUUCCAUGAGAAAAGUUGCUGGAUUUUUCUUACUAGUGAAUGGAAGAAUGUCAGGAUGUGGAAAGGAGAACAAAUCCGUAAACAUUAAUUAUCCGUAAAAUAUAUUAAUUUCAGUUGUUAUUAUUAUUAUUAUAUACAUUCAGAUCAUCAGAUUUCUAUACAAAACGAAAAUGAAAUGAAAAGGAAUUAUUAUUCGGUCAUUAAUCUGUUAUAAAAGUACUUGAAAUUUUCUGGAACGUGUUUUAAUAUUUUUUUAAAUCUUCCAGUUUCUCUCUUGAUAUGUUGCCCUGAGAUAUCUUUCUUGGGAUAUUUAUUGCUGAGUUGUCCAAUUCUCUCCUUUUAUUGUAGAAUAGGUUUACCUUUUUAAAAGGUGUAUCAUAGCUCUCUUUGUACAGAUAAGAGCCAACCUCUUCCACUCGAAUCCAUUUUACACCAUCACGAAAAUGAAUCUUUUCAUUCAAUAUAUCUUUUUUUGCGUCCCUGAUGUUGAGCUGUUUGCACAAAUUCUCGAACGAACGGAAAUGCUCUUUCAUAUCAAUUACUGUA